GCCAUCUUCCUGACACGUAGAUGGAAAUGUCACAUGCUGCAUCAUGUGACUGGGGCACGUCUGUCCCUCUGGGCACUGUACAAUGCACAGUACAACUUCUUAAUGUCUGUAGGGGAAAUGCACAGUACAACUUCUGUCCUAUAUGCCGAGAUUGGACUCUCUCGUUCUCCCCUCUCUGGACAGUAAAUGGCCCCUCUGCCUCCUGGGAUCCGCUUUUUCCUCUCAUUUUCUAAGGACCAGUGGUUUCGUGCUCUGGUUUUGCUCCUGACCUAUCUGCUCUAUUGCAGUUUCCAUCUGUCCAGGAAGCCGAUCACUAUAGUCAAGGGAGAACUACACAAGCACUGCUCUGAGCCCAAUGAGGUUGAGCCGCACAGCUAUAACGAGUUUGUCAUCUUGAGGCCGGUGUUGCCGUCCCCGCUGCACAAUGUCUCCCGCUGCGGCUGGGCUCCUUUCGAUAAGAAGAAUUAUAAGCAGCUGCUCGGGGCCCUGGACUAUUCCUUCCUCUGUGCAUACGCCGUGGGGAUGUUCCUAAGUGGGAUGAUUGGAGAACGGUUGCCCCUCCGCUAUUUCCUGUCCUGUGGGAUGGUGGCCAGCGGAUUCUUCACCGCACUCUUUGGAUUUGGAUAUUUCUACAACAUCCACAACCUGACGUACUACAUCAUCAUCCAGGUGAUGAACGGUUUGGUGCAGACCACAGGAUGGCCGAGUGUAGUCACCUGCAUCGGGAACUGGUUUGGGAAAGGACGGAGAGGUCUCAUUAUGGGAGUCUGGAACUCGCACACGUCGGUGGGGAACAUCUUGGGGUCCUUCAUUGCAGGGUUCUGGGUGUCGUCCUGUUGGGGGAUGUCCUUCGUGGUCCCUGGGCUGAUUAUUGCAGUUAUGGGUGUGGUCUGUCUGCUGUUCCUCAUUGAGCGUAAGUCACAUGACUGUUCUAAUACUCCACAUCCCCGGGUAUAA